UUAUAAAAUAUCAAAAUAAACAAUCUCUUACGAAUUCAAAUUGGUGUAAAAUUAUUUCUAAUCCCAAAAUUUAGAGUAAAAAGCAAUAAGUUGACAAUAAUUUUUGAAACGGUGCGUAUAUUUCCAAAUAUGUAUGAAGGUAAUGCCUUUAGAAGAGACCUACAACCGCAGACUUCCUCUGUAUGGAGCUUUGAAAAUUGAUUCUGUUGAAGUGUUCCUCGAAGAGUCUAAACAGACUUUCGAAGAAAUGUAUAACUCAGUUUUUCCAUACGUGUUGGAACUAAGUAAUUUUAAAUUCCACUAUUUACUAGGUGAGGGUGCAUUUGCCAGAGUGGUGCUGGCCGAGUACAAAGAAUUCGAGGGUUCCUUCUACGCGGUCAAAGCGAUCAGUAAGAGGUCAUUAAUUAAGACUAAUCAGGUAAAAACGGCGUUAAACGAGAAGCGAAUCCUGCAAAGUCUCAACCAUCCGUUCGUCAUUCGUUUGGAAUAUUUUUCAAAAGACCAAAGCUUUAUAUACUUCGUCCUGCCGUUCAUCUGUGGAGGAGAGAUGUUCACUCAUCUGAAAAUAUGGCAGAAGUUCGAGGAGAACGUCGCAAGAUUCUACGCGGCUCAAGUGGUUCUGGGAAUGGAAUACCUUCACAAUCUAGACCUGGUUUUCAGAGACCUGAAACCGGAAAACCUCUUGAUCGACCACUACGGAUAUUUGAAGAUAACAGAUUUCGGAUUCACUAAGAAAGUGUUGAAGAGAACCUACACUUUCUGCGGCACUCCGGACUACAUAGCACCGGAAAUCAUCAGCGGGAAAGGCUACAGCAAAGCGGUGGACUGGUGGGCUCUAGGGGUCCUCAUAUUCGAGAUGGCCGGUGGUCACCCACCCUUCGUGUCGCUCGACCAGAUGAAAAAGUUCACAAAGAUCAUCAAGUGCCAGUAUUUAUUUCCUAAGGAAUUCGGUGACGAGAUGAAGGACUUGAUCAGCAAACUGCUGGAGACCGACGUGACGAAGAGGUUCGGGAAUCUCAAACGGGGAGUGGAGGACAUCAAACUACACGAGUGGUUCAAGGAGCUGAAUUGGCUGAAGCUGUUGAACCGCAGAGUCGCCUCGCCUUACGUGCCGAAAGACGCGGAGACUGUGAGUAGCACUUACUUCCCUCAUAUGAAGCCAAAGACCAGUUGGAAAAUAUCCGCUCAAGACAGGUUUAGUAAAGAGUUUGAGGACUUCUAACAGUGGAUUGUAACCGCAAAUUGUUAUUGUUCCAAUGCAAAUUUGUAUGAUUCACCUUAAAA